AUGUUCAUUAUUCGAUUUCAUUGAAAAACAUUCGAAUUUUCACAUCAUGACUAUUACGACAGCAUCAACAACAACAACAACAACAACAACAACGAUGAUGGAAUCCUCACAAAUAAUUCUAUUGGAAGGUCCGAUUAAAUAUCGUGACCAGAAAAAGUGGAAAUCCCGUUGGGCAAUCAUUACGAAAUUAUCACCAAUUGCAGAUUCGCUGCAAGUAAUGAUGUACAAGAAUUUUAAGGAAAAAAUGAAAUAUUUUCAAUCAUCAUCAUCAUCAUCAUCGGCAAUGAAAUUGAAACCAAUAUUUGAAUUGGAACAUUAUCUUGGUAUUGAAAGUGGUUUUGUUCAUGAUCGUGAAUCAAAUACAAUGGCCAUUAUAUGCAUCGAACAGACAAUAUUGUUGGCAUUUGAAACAAGAGAAAUUUUGCUUCAAUGGCAAACAAAAUUACAGGAACAUUUUUGCAAAGAACGACAUUUUAUUGUUCAAGUGGUCAAUGUACCCAAUAAUGGCCAUAAUACGAUAACAUCGAAUCAUCAUCAUCAUCAGAAUAAAAUUAAAUGUGGUUCAGCACGAUUAUUAUUACAGGAUUCAAUUUUUUGCCUAGUCACCGGAAUACCGCCAUCAUUAAUGUGUUAUUGGUCGAUCAAACAAUUACGACGUUUUGGUUUGAUUGAUGGUAAAUUCUGUUUUGAAGGUGGAUCACAAUGUGGUAAAGGUAUUGGCCUACAUAUUCUUUAUACAAGUGAACCUGAAGAAUUAAUACGAUGUUUUGAUCUUGCAUCAAAUGAUCAGCUAAAUUCAUUUGAAUCAUCAAUGUCAAAAUCGGAUUCAAUUUCACAUUAUAGUGGUGGUAGUGGUGGUGGUGGUGGUAAUAAUAAUGGUUUUAUACAUAAACAAAGAUCAGUACCAAGUUCAGAUAGUUCAACCGGUGAUUCUAGUUCACAAUUAUUAUCCAGUUGUUUUGGUGAUGUUGAUACAUUAUCUGCAAAUUAUUAUUGUGGUGGUGUUGGUGCAGAUGGUUCAAUGAUAACAGUGAAAAAUCCGGAAUUCUAUCAUUCAACAAUGAAUCUAACAACUAUUAACAAUAAACAAUAUACACUAUCACCAUCAUCAUCAUUGAAUAAUAAUAAUAAUAAUAUUCUGACCACAAAAUGUUCAUCAUCAUUCAGUUCGAAUACAAUAGGUCGUUUUUCAAAUUUAACGUCCAGUUCAAAACUAACGGGUUCAAAUAAUGUACAAAACAAUUUAAUCGAAUGCUGCCACCAUCACCAUCAUAAUCAUCAUAAUCAUCAUCAUGCUCAUAAUUCUUUCGUUUGUUGCCACCAACACCCACAACAACAACAACGAAAUAACAGAAAUAAUGAAAAUAGUAACCUUUGUAUGAUAUCCACUGCAAGUACUAUGACAUUAAAACAUUCAAAUUUUAAUUCAUUGAAUCCAAUGAAUGCCAGUAAUAUUGUUGAAGACGGCAAUAGUAGAACAAUCAUUAAUUGUGAUCACGAAUCAUCAACAUCAUAUUCAUCCAUCCAUGACGUACAUAGUUUAUGUAAUAAUAAUCUACAGAAUCAUAGAUAUUCCACUUCAUCAUCACCUCCCAUCACCAAAAAUAACAAAACAACAAUGAAAAUCAUAUGCAAUUCUAAUGAAUCAAAUUCUUCACUUUUCAAUUCAAGUCAAAUGAAUGGUACGACAAAUGCUGAAUCGUUCAAUACAACAACAACAACAACAACAACAUUAACGAAUGGCAAUUAUACGAAUAGAUUGACUGCAAAUAGUCAUUUCCAUGAUGUUGGAAAUAAUGAUAAUAAUAAUGAUGAUUCUAGUCGAAUGAAUAAUAUUCAUUUGAAUUUCACAACUUGUACCAAUCGUACUACUACUAAUGAUGAUCAUAAUGAAAAUAUACAUGAACCAAUACAAACGACAACAAUGUCGAAAAUUACGAAUAAAGAAAUCGAUUCUCAUACUCUAUUACGAUCUCAUAAUCAUCAUCAUGAUUCAAUGAAGGACAAAGAAUCAAUAAUCGACCAUCCGUAUCAUCGAAUUAAUUUUCCCGGAAUUAUUACUACAAAUAGAAAAACAUCACAAACAACAACAACAACAACAAAUUCCAAUGCAAUGGACAAUUAUGAUAUACCGAAAAAUUUGUGCAUGAUGAUCAUGAUGAAAAAUGAUGAUGAUGGCGAAAAACAGCAGAAUAAUGUUUGCGUUUGUAAUAAUAAUAAUAAUAAUAAUAUUAAUGGCCAUGAUGUUGAUGAUAAACAACCGAGUCUACAUAAUCAUCAUGAUCAGCAGCAACAACAUCAACAACAAAAGCCGAAAAUUCAGGCUGCUUUUGCAACAACAACAACAACAACAGUAGCAGCAGCUUACACUGUGAUGGAUUUUAUGGCCAAAAAUCUGUAUAUGAUAGAUUUUUAA